AUGGGCACCAUAUUGUAGUAAUUCUGUCUAUACUCGUUGCAAGAUGGGGAAAUGUUAAGGACGUGUAACAAGAGACUUGGAAAAUCGUUUUCGGGGUAACACAGUGAAACUUUGACGCUCACAACAAUAAUCUUAACUAUCCAGAUGACUCCAAGUGCAUCCAAAUCCAUGCAAUCGUCACUAGCAUUAUCAGCUAAACACUGUGUGGCUAUAGGAGUAAUACAAAAUUAUUUCUCUAUUUCCAGAAAAGCUUUUGACAUCAGUUUAUUUCUCCUGCGAAAUUGCAAGACAACUCAGAAUUGUUUACAUAUAUUUUGUUAUCUACACAUUUAUGCAACAGAUAAAUAAAUGCAAUUGAAAAUACAGUACUUCCUGUUGAUAUUCCUAGCACUGCGGUUAUUGUCAACGCGCGCCUACAUUCGCCAGCCGCACCGAAAGAAUGCCAAACGCAUGAUUCAAAGCCUCUACUCAGACUUCUCGGGCGAUAGUGGUGGCGGUGGUAGCGGUGGCAGUAGCAGCAGUGGUAAUGGUGGCAACGACAACUGUCAGAAUGGUAUGAGCGCCGGAAGCGCCAAGCAAAAGGCCACCAACAUAGCACAGAAAGCAGCAAAGGAAGCCAAAGCAGCUUCUGACGCCCAACAGGCAGCCGGCGAAGCAGCCUCGCAACAAGUGAAGGCACAGUUGGCUGAGAAGGCCAUUUCCGCAGCCAAGGCAGCCGAAGCUGCACUCGCCGGCAAACAACAAAUCGUACAACAACUGCAGCAGGAAGUGCGCGAAGCUGAGGCUGUGGUGCAAGAACAGAGUAGCUCACUGCAGAAUGCCCAACAGAAUGUGAAUGCCGCCAUGCAAGCUGCACAGAAUGCGCAAUCUCAAUUGAAGACACUCACAAAGGCGGUGAAUAUGGCACAGGUGAAUGUCGGCAACGCAGAGCAGGCGGCUUUGGGUGCACAGCAGGAUCAAGCUGAAAAGACGCAAUUGUUUGAGGCUGCAAAAACUCGUGUCGAACAGUUGCUAGGUCAGUUGAGCGUGGCGCGCGGCGAUUACUCGAAGACGAAAGAUGCCGCUAUGAAAGCGGCGGCUGCAGCGCAUGAGGCGAAGCAAAACGCAAAUCCUGCAGGACGUUGUUCUCGAUCGCUAGCUACAGCUCGUUUGAUGGCCAAACGUCAUCGGCUAUUGGGGCAUAGGAUGAGACAUUGA